AUGACCACCGACAAAGUCACUCUGGGCGACGCUCUGUCGAACGUCGACGUGUUGGACGAAUUUACACUGCCGGACGAACAGCCUUGUAUAGAAGCCCAGCCAUGCUCGGUUGUGUACCAGGCGAACUUUGAUACCAAUUUUGAGGAUAGAAACGGCUUUGUGACUGGUAUCGCUAAGUACAUAGAGGAAGCGACGGUGCACGCGAGUUUGAAUGAGCUACUAGAAGAAGGUUUGGAACAUGCAGUUAUGUUAUAUACAUGGAGAUGCUGCUCACGAGCAAUUCCACAACCAAAAUCUAAUGAGCAGCCAAAUAGAGUGGAAAUUUAUGAAAAGACAGUAGAGGUAUUGGCUCCUGAAGUGAACAAAUUGUUAAAUUUCAUGUAUUUCCAAAGAAAAGCAAUUGAGCGAUUUUCUGGAGAAGUUAAACGAUUAUGUCAUCAUGAAAAAAGAAAGGAUUUUGUUUCUGAGGCAUACUUACUGACUCUAGGAAAAUUUAUCAAUAUGUUUGCUGUACUAGAUGAAUUGAAAAAUAUGAAAUCUAGUGUAAAGAAUGAUUAUUCCACAUAUAGAAGAGCUGCGCAAUUUUUGAAAGUGAUGUCAGACUCUCAGACACUACAAGAAUCCCAGAAUUUGUCAAUGUUUUUGGCAACGCAAAAUAAGAUCCGUGAUACGGUUAAAGAGAAUCUCGAAAAGAUCGCAGGAUAUGAAGAAUUACUUGCAGAUGUUGUCAAUAUCUGUGUUCACAUGUUCGAAGCCAAGAUGUAUCUCACACCCAAUGAAAAGCACAUGCUGGUAAAAGUGAUGGGCUUCGGUUUAUUCCUGAUGGAUAGCGAAUUAUGUAACAUCAAUAAACUCGAUCAAAAGAAAAAGUUGAAAUUGGAUAGAAUUGAUAGAAUUUUUAAGAACCUGGAAGUGGUACCACUAUUCGGAGAUAUGCAGAUCGCACCGUUCAAUUAUAUCAAACGUUCGAAACAUUUUGAUGCAUCGAAAUGGCCAUUGUCUUCAUCAAAUAACAUAAGUCCGCAAGCCGAUCUCAUGGUACAUCUCCCUCAGAUCAGAGAGGAUCACGUAAAAUACAUUAGCGAAUUGGCAAGAUAUAGUAAUGAAGUCACCACAACAUACAAAGAAUGCCGAAGUGAUACGGAAAAUCACGACACCGCAGAAUUGGCGUUACGCGGAUUACAAUUACUUUCUCAAUGGACCAGCGUUGUAACAGAGUUGUACAGUUGGAAGUUACUACAUCCCACUGACCAUCACAUGAACAAAGAAUGUCCACAAGAGGCUGAAGAAUAUGAAAGAGCUACACGUUAUAAUUAUUCUGACGAAGAGAAGUUUGCCCUUAUAGAAGUCAUCGCGAUGAUUAAAGGAUUGCAGGUAUUGAUGGCACGUAUGGAGACUGUUUUCAUCGAUGCGAUACGUAGAAAUAUAUAUGCCGAGUUACAAGACUUUGUGCAACUUGUAUUGCGCGAACCUUUAAGGAAAGCCAUCAAAAAUAAGAAGGAUUUGAUCCGAAGUAUAAUUGUUUCCGUUAGAGAAACUUGUGCAGAUUGGAAUUUUGGAAAGGAACCGGUCGGAGAUCCUGCCUUAAAGGGCAAAAAGGAUCCAGAUAAUGGAUUCGGCAUUAAAGUUCCACGGAGAAACGUUGGCCCGUCUUCCACGCAAUUAUAUAUGGUACGAACUAUGUUGGAAUCAUUAAUUGCUGACAAAAGCGGCGGGAAACGCACUCUGAGAAAAGAUAUUGAUGGCCAGUAUCUCGUUCAGAUCGAUCAAUUUCAUAAAACUAGCUAUUAUUGGAGUUAUCUUCUAAAUUUCAGUGAAUCUCUACAACUUUGUUGUGACUUGUCGCAACUUUGGUAUAGAGAAUUUUAUCUGGAAAUGACCAUGGGUAGGAAGAUACAGAAAUGCCAAGUACGUCACCAGCAUAACGAGGAGUGCAGCGAUCUAAUCACCAUGGAAAAACGCAUUCAGUUUCCCAUUGAAAUGUCUAUGCCAUGGAUAUUAACUGAUCAUAUAUUGAGAAGCAAGGAACCAUCCAUGAUGGAAUAUGUUUUAUAUCCUCUGGAUUUAUAUAACGAUAGUGCAUUAUAUGCACUGACAAUAUUCCGUAAACAAUUUCUAUACGACGAAGUAGAAGCUGAGGUGAAUCUAUGCUUUGAUCAAUUUGUUUACAAACUUAGCGAACAGAUUUUUGCGCACUACAAACAACUGGCGGCUAGUAUCUUGUUGGACAAACGAUUUAGAGUAGAAUGCGUAGCUCUUGGGGCAUAUUUGCUUCCAUAUCCCCGUGCCAAUAGAUACGAAACAUUAUUAAAACAGAGGCACGUUCAAUUAUUGGGAAGAAGUAUUGACUUGAAUAAACUUAUAACACAACGUAUUAAUGCAGAUAUGCAAAAAUCCUUGGAUUUGGCCAUUAGCAAAUUCGAAUCUGGCGAUAUAACCGGAGUCGUGGAGUUGGAUGGAUUGUUGCAAGUCAAUCGCCUUACUCAUAAACUUUUAAGCAAGUGGCUGGCAUUAGAUGAGUAUGAUGCCAUGUUCAGAGAAGCAAAUCAUAAUGUUCUAGCUCCAUACGGAAGGAUCACUCUUCAUGUAUUCUGGGAAUUAAAUUAUGACUUUUUGCCAAAUUACUGUUACAACGCUGCCACAAACAGAUUUGUUAAAUGUCGCGGCCUACAAUUUGUACAACCCGUACAUAGAGAUAAACCACCACAAAUGUCGCAUCAUUAUCUCUGGGGUAGUAAGCAAUUAAAUCUGGCUUAUAGCACUCAAUAUGGGCAAUACUCGGGAUUCGUCGGUUCACAUCAUUUUCGUACUAUAUGUAAAUUACUCGGAUAUCAAGGAAUAGCUGUCGUUAUGGAAGAACUUUUGAAAAUCGUUAAGACUUUGAUCCAAGGAAGCCUACAUCAGUUCACAAAAACUUUAAUGGAAGCUAUGCCUAAAGUUUGCAAGCUUCCACGAUACGAUUAUGGAUCCCCUGGAGUUUUAGGCUAUUAUCAUGCUCAGUUGAACGAUAUUGUGCAAUAUCCAGAUGCUAAGACCGAGCUGUUUCAUAAUUUUCGGGAAUUCGGCAAUACGAUUUUAUUCUGCCUUUUAAUGGAACAGGCACUAUCGCAAGAAGAAGUGUGCGAUUUGCUGCAUGCAGCGCCGUUCCAAAACAUCUUGCCUAGACCUUAUUGCAAAGAGGGUGAGAAACCCGAAACCAAGCAGAAGCGAUUGGAGGCGAAGUAUGCAGCUUUACAAAUUGUUCCAAACGUAGAUAAGUUAGGUACCGCUAAACAAGCGAUGAUUGCCAGAGAAGGGGAUUUGUUGACGCGCGAACGACUGUGUUGCGGUUUGUCGAUAUUCGAAGUUGUGCUCAGUAGAUUACGAAGCUUCUUAGAUGAUCCUAUCUGGGUCGGACCACCGCCAGCGAAUGGCGUAAUGAACGUAGAUGAAUGCACGGAAUUUCAUAGACUUUGGAGUGCGCUUCAAUUUGUAUAUUGUAUCCCCGUUGGCGAUACUGAAUUUACUGUUGAAGAAUUGUUUGGUGAAGGUUUACACUGGGCUGGAUGUGCUAUGAUUGUCCUUUUGGGUCAACAACGUAGAUUUGAGGCGCUUGAUUUCUGCUAUCAUAUACUUCGAGUGCAACGUGUAGACGGCAAGGAUGAGAAUGUUAAAGGAAUACAUUUGAAGAGAAUGGUGGAUCGAAUAAGGCGAUUUCAGGUAUUAAACUCACAAAUAUUUGCCGUGUUGAAUAAAUACCUGAAAAGCGGAGAUAGCGACGCAGCAAGCGUAGAACACGUGCGUUGCUUUCAACCUCCAAUACACCCCUCACUAGCGCAUGCACAACAGCAUUAUCACGCACCUGAAUAUUUACGUCAAAUAAAUCAUCAAUAAUUGCGAUGACUAUGAAAUAAUAUUAUCUUGCAUUUUAAAUGCAUUAUAAUGCAUUACAGUGCAUUUGAAUGAGGCUCAGAAACCGAGAUAAUUCUUUGCAAAGGAAUAUCUCUAGCUAAAAUUUUCAUACUUCAUACCACUUGUGUUAAAAUAUUCUUUAUACUAUCAUAAUUCAAUUGGUAUAAAUGUUUACCAAAAUAUCAAAAUACAUUUUUUACGAUUGAAGUAAGAUUUAUAUAUAUGGAAUUACAUAUAUAUAUAUAGAAAGCAAGAAAUUGCAAACGGCGGAAUUUGAAUUGGACUCGUCUCCUAAAUCACGUCAUGACUUUAAUUGAUGUAUUCAAUCAAUAACGUACAACGUAUAUGUCUAGAUAGAUAGAUUUAUAUAUCACUCUAUAAUAAUUUAAAUAAGACGUAUAACGCGCGAUACCCAAGAUAUAAAUAGUGAUCUACCAAUGUAGUAGAAUAUAAACUUAUAUUUUGUAAGAUAUUUCAAGUUUAAUCAAAACAAAGUAUUACGUAUGAAUAUAUUAUAUUCAUAUCACACCUGAAUUUAUAUGUAGCGCUCAUAUAUUGAUAAUUAUAUAUAAAAUGCACAUUUUAUAACA